AACUAAGUGGAUGGUAAACAACGUGACCAAAAAAUCAGAAAAAGCAAAUGUACGUGCCUGCCAAAUAGUUUCAAUAAAUACACACACAUUUUUAACACCCACAACCACAAGAAUUCAUCUUUUCCAAUCUCAAUCUCAGGAGCUCAAGAAAUUGACUGUACUUGAAGAUUCGAAAUGGCGAUGGUGUACCGGAAGCUCGCAAUUUACGGUGGUGAAGGAGGGCGUGAAUGGGACGACGAUGUAUACGAGGGAGUAAGAAAAGUGUACGUAGGGCGAGAUCUCUCACGUAUCACUUACGUCAAAUUCGAGUACGUUAAGGAAAACGGCGAAGUGGUAACACGUGAAUAUGGGAAAAUAACUCAACAACCUAAAGAGUUUGUACUUCAAUAUCCGCAUGAACACAUCGUAGCGGUCGAGGGAAGCUACAAAUCAGUGGCUCUGUGUGCCACGGAGGUGAUCACGUCUCUCGUCUUCAAGACCUCAAAGGGUAGAACAUCUCCAGUGUUUGGUCCAAGCAUGUUCGGAAUUGUGAAUGGUACAAAGUUUGUUUUCGAGGACGGGGGAAAGAAGAUCGUAGGUUUUCAUGGACGGUCGGAUAACGCUCUCGACGCUCUUGGAGUUUACUUCGCACUGGACUCUCCGAACACCUCGACCUCUCUUUACAAGCUAGAAGCCCAAGGUGGUACAGAGGGGCGUGUUUGGGACGAUGGUUCCUACGACGGCGUUAAAACGCUGCGCAUUGGUCAAGAUAAUUGCCGUAUCACUUAUUUAGAGUUCGUGUACGAGAAAGGUGGGAAGUCCGAGACACGUAACCAUGGGGUGAAAGGACAAACACCAUCAGAGUUUGUGCUUGAUUUCCCGGGAGAAUACAUAAAAUCGGUGGAAGCAACAUAUCAUAACCCAAUCCUUUUUCGCAAUACCGUCAUUACGUCGCUUAAGUUCGAAACAUCAAAGGGGAGAACAUCAUUCUUUGGGUAUGAGACGGGUAAAAAGUUUGUCCUGGAGCAAAAAGAUCGUAGACUUGUCGGAUUCCAUGGGAAAGAAGGUGACGCUAUUGAUGCUCUUGGAGCAUAUUUUGCACCUAUUCCUACUCCUGCUCCUGUGAUACCAGCCAAGAAACUACCAUCGGUAGGCGGCAACGGAGGAGUUGCAUGGGAUGAUGGUGUCUACGACGGUGUAAGGAAGAUACAAGUAGGACAAGGCAACGACGGUGUAUCUUUUGUCAAGUUUGAGUACAUUAAGGGAACAGACUUGGUAUCUGGAGAUGACCAUGGCAAGAAGACAGUACUUGGAGCUGAAGAGUUUGUGCUUGAGGAUGGUGAAUAUCUCACGGGUUUGGUAGGCUACUACGAUAAGAUCUAUGGAGUGGAGGAACCGGCGAUUAUCUCUCUUCAGUUCAAGACGAACAAAAGGGAAUCAACUCCGUUCGGAAUGGAUUCCGGUGAGAAGUUCUCGCUUGGGGAGAAAGACCACAAGAUCGUCGGGUUCCAUGGACAAGCUGGUGAUGUUAUUCACAGUGUUGGAGUCACUCUUGUGCCUAUCACCAUCACCGAGUGAAAAAACCUUCUAUGAUAUAUAUUAAUAAAAAGCUAUAUGAAGACCUUUAAUAAGAUUGGUGUGUGUUCCCUUUAGGCUGCUACUUUCAGAGUGUUUUUUUUAAUGGUCCAUGUACUUCAUUUAAAGAAUAAAUCCUUUCGCUAAAUGAAUGUGAGAAUGAUCGAGAUAUGGGAUGAUAUUACCCUCUCUCAAGUUGAGCAUGUAAAAUUUGUUUAUCCAACUUAAACCAUACAAAAAUGCUUAUCGUAGUCGGUAGUCGUCAUAGUCUUCAUG